CGGAUUAGCCGGUUCAACAAGGCCCUAGCGGUUGCCUUGCGGCACAACCACGACAUUCGACUCCUCGUCACGGUCACGUCAAGCCUAGCCAUGAGUUAUUACGCCACGAAUUACGCCACGAAGUUAGAUACGCCGUUAUGGAAACGGGCGGCGCUUAUGAAGCCGGUGUGGGAAAGGAUGUCAGCGGACGUCGGGGCCGAAGGCCAAGUAGCACAUGACGACGAAGCCCCGAGGGCGGCGCAGGUAAAUAAUAAGGCCAGGCAAUUCCUGGCCCGAACGGCAAACCAGAUCUUCACCAGCAGGGAGCUAUCCGCCGUGGAGGUAUGCAGCAGGCUCCUCGGUCAUCCCAACCACUACUCCAGCGUGGAGAGAUGGCAGAGCAUUCACCUCAAUACGCUGUACUGGGCGGUCUUCAGGAGGUGGCGGGGUCUACAAGACGCAGCCGGACCGGAGGCUCGUCUGCGAGCGGCCCCGGAGACAAUCAACAUAGCGCAGUCUGGUGUGCAUCUUCCACUGCUGGAGGCAUACGCCGGGCGUGGGGCUCUAUUGGAGGACCUCUGCUUCUACGACUAUGCUAGCGUGAUUCAAGUGCGUCGGGUUGGGAAGCGGACGAACGUAGACAAGCCGCAGUAUUUCCCCUUCGACCAAGACCUUGUCAAUGGGGAGAGAUGGAUCCAAGAGCUCCUGAAGGCAGGGGCGCAGUACGUCCCGGUGCUCACCGGCCCCCUCAACCACGACCUGGAUAAGCUAGAGCCAGGAUAUUACCAACGAACCGCGGUGGUCCUCCUAGCACUCUUUGUACCUUGGCAACGCUUCACGUGCCUGGACGAGCUCUACGGCUACCGCUAUGCAUCUGGUGAGUACCCCUCAGUCAAAGACGUGUGGCAAAAGCUGUCGGAAGCCAUACCGGACCGGGUGAAGGGGGUGGUUCACAACAUUAAGCUUUUGCACAAGAGCGCCGAAGAUGCUAAGAAAGACGCGGCGUUGUGGGCUAGCCGCAGCGAAGGUGACGAGGAGAAAGAGCACGAGCCGGCGGAGGAAGGAAUAGCCCCUGGCACCCGGUGGCGACCGCAGAACACGGACUUGAGAUACACAUUCCAUGAUGUGGUGUAUAACCUGCACGGCGAUCAAGGCAUUGCCAAAGACUUCCCCGCACUGGCAAGGCUGCUACAGGCGCUCGAGAGAGCCAGCUUCUCCGACCCCGAACCGGACCCGUGGCGCGCGGACACGCAGUCCGAACAUCAAGCGACAGUAGAAACGAUGACGAAGCCCGAGAUUGGCAUGGUACGGGCGGCCCAGCUGCGGCUCCACAGAGCCAGAGUGCUAGCCAUCGAAGGGGAUGAUGAAGUCGGCGAAGACAAGAACGGCGACGAGGCUGGUUUCGGUCCCGGCGAUGAUCACUUCCUGCUGGUCGGGAACAUGAUAUGCAAGCAGCGAACGCUAAACCGCAUGCAGAAGAUCGCCCUCGGCCUCAUCUGUGAGGCGAUGGACAGAGCGGAGGAAGUGUCAGAUAUAGCCGCUGACGGCAACGAAGUACACACGGUGUGGGAGCAGCCACCUCAACAUCUCCAAUACAUAGGCGGAAGCGGCGGCACCGGGAAGUCUUGGCUCAUCGAGACGCUGAAAGAGGUAUUCGCGGCGAAAGGGUCGUCGAAACGUAUUGUCAUAACAGCUACGUCCGGGACGGCGGCGGCAGGGAUCGGCGGUAACACCAUCCACUCCGCGCUGGGGCUAGCCUUCAAGGAUCAAGACGGAGCGGCGAUGGAAAGCCUACCAUCCGCGAACCUGGAGAGGAGCCGACAGCGUUGGAGAAGGCGUGACGUGCUUGUGGUCGACGAGGUAAGCAUGUUGGGACUUAAGACGCUCUACGAAGUAGACCACAAGCUGCGGGCGCUCCGCGGCUUCCCAGACAGGCCGUUCGGCGGGAUACCGGUGGUGGUCUUCACGGGCGACUUCCUCCAGUUCGGACCAGUACUGCAGAAGGGUCUGCUGAGCCGGGUCGACCCCAGCGACAGCGGCAAGGGGCUACGGAACCUCUCGGAUCGUGCGACGCAAUAUCGAUGGCAGCAGAUCCAGGCCAAGACGACAUGGGAGCUGUUUACCAAUGUGGUGAUCCUAGAGGAGCAGAAGAGGGCCGAGGGCGACGAGGAACUGAUAGGGCUCUUAGAACACAUCCGGACAGGCCGACAGACGGCGGCCGACCUGGACAAGCUCAACUCGCGAUACAUCCCUGACGAGAAGCUCGACUUCACGGGAGGCCGGCGCGCCAUUAUCCCACUCAACCGACACAGGUGGGACCUCACGCUCUGUGCCGCCCUGGCCUUCGGCGAGGAGCACGGCAGGAAGGUGUCCCUGUUCAUGUCCGAUCACCAGUGGAAAACCCGCGUGCCCAGCGAGGAAGAGAUGGAGGCCGUAGUGCUGCUCGGAGAUGACGCGCAGCUCCCCAUCCCAGGCAUCUUUCCGUACGUCGAGGGCAUGCCCGUCAUCGUCAACCAGAACAAGUACCUAGGGCUGAAAGUAGUCAAUGGAGCAGAGUUCACGGCCGCCGGCGUCGUCGCAGACGGAGAGGUAGAAGAACGGGUGAUCCACGACCGGCUGUCUGUCUUCCUCGGGCCGCCAAGCGGCAUCCUUCUCCAAUCGCAGGACACGGAGGGGCUCGCAUUCCCGCACAUACCUCCGG